UUCCCCACUUUCCACUUUGUGUUGGUGAAGCUUUGCUCAAGGAUACAGGGAUAACUAACUUAUUGAAACUCCUUAUAUGUUGUAACAAUAAACAAACUUAGAACUGGAAACUCUUUAUAUGUUUUUUCUUAUAAGAUUAGUUUAUGGAUACAAAAUUAAACUUGUUUGUUGUUCUCACUCUUGUUUCAAUUCAAUUUUUGUCAACUUUUCCAAAGGCUGCCAUAAGCAAUGUGCAUAUUGUGUACAUGGGAGAGAAAGAAAAUGAAGAUCCAACUGUUACCAAAAUGUUUCAUUACAAAAUGUUGUCCGACUUGCUUGGAAGCAAGGAAGCAGCAAAAAGUUCAAUGCUUUAUAGCUAUAAACAUGGCUUUUCUGGGUUUGCAGCCAGGUUGACAGAUUCUCAGGCAAAAGAAAUUGAAGCAUUUCCUGGUGUUGUCCAAGUGAUUCCUAAUCAAGUUCACAAGUUUCAUACAACUAGAAGUUGGGACUUCAUGGGGCUAAAUGAUCAUUCUACAACAAAUCUUUUAACUAAAAGCAACAUGGGUGAAGGAAUAAUCAUUGGAGUAAUAGACUCAGGAGUGUGGCCAGAAUCUGAGAGUUUCAAUGAUAGGGGUAUGAAUCUAAUUCCAUCUCAUUGGAAAGGUAUAUGCCAAGAGGGACAGUUGUUCAACUCCUCAAACUGUAACAAGAAACUUAUCGGAGCUCGAUGGUUCGUCAAAGGCAUCUUGGAUCAAAACCAAACACCUAUAAAUAUAAGUAAUGGAAAGGAUAUUCUAUCAGCAAGAGAUAGCUCAGGGCAUGGUACUCAUACAGCUUCUAUAGCAGCUGGUAAUUUUGUAGUAAAUGCAAACUAUGAAGGACUAGCUGCUGGUUUGGCUAGGGGAGGUGCUCCACGAGCUCACUUGGCAGUUUACAAGGUUUGUUGGUCUUUUGGACAUGGAGGGUGCACUGAUGCUGAUCUUCUCAAAGCAUUUGACAAAGCCAUACAAGAUGGAGUCGAUAUCCUAUCGGUGUCCAUCGGCCUUUCUAUACCUUUGUUCUCUUACGCAGAUCAACGUAAUUCGAUUGCAAUUGGUUCCUUUCAUGCAACUGCAAAGGGCAUUACUGUAGCUUGCUCCGCAGGGAAUGAUGGUCCUACUGCAAUGACAGUUGAGAACACUGCUCCUUGGAUUAUCACUGUUGCUGCUACUACCAUAGAUAGGGCCUUCCCAACAGCCAUUACACUAGGAAAUAACCACACCCUUUGGGGACAAUCUGUUGACACUCGAAUGCAUAACCAUGGAUUCACUGGCAUUACAUUCUCUGAUCGCAUUGCCUUAAAUGAUAGCGAUGAUUCAGCCCUGGGGUGCAAGCGAGGAAGUCUGAAUGCAACAUUAGCAGCAGGACAGAUCAUACUUUGUUUUUCACAAUCAAGUACUCAGAAUAUAUUUAGUGCUGCAAUUUCAGUGGCAGAAGCAGGAGGGGUAGGGCUUAUUUUUGCGCAAUAUAGGAGUGAUGGACUUGAGUCAUGUCAUUAUAUACCAUGCAUUAAAGUAGAUUAUGAAGUAGGAACUCAGAUACUAUCCUAUAUAAGAAAAGCAAGGUAUCCAAUUGCCAAGUUAGGUAUUCCAAAGACAAUUAUAGGGAAAUGGGUAUCUCCUAAAGUUGCAGAUUUCUCAGGCAGAGGACCUAGUUCAAUUUCCCCAAUAGUGCUAAAGCCCGACAUAGCUGCACCAGGCGUGGACAUCAUAGCUGCAUAUAUACCAUUUGGCGCAAAAAAAAGUAGUAAAUUUGCACUACUGUCAGGAACUUCAAUGUCUUGCCCCCAUAUUGCAGGCAUAACAGCUCUAAUCAAAUCUGUACAUAAGAACUGGUCUCCAGCUGCAAUAAGAUCAGCUCUAGUCACCACAGCUUCCCAAAAAGGAACUGAUAGAUCAAACAUAGCCGAGGAGGGCUCAACUCCCAAGGUAGCUGACCCAUUUGAUAUAGGCGGUGGAGUAGUAAAUCCCAAUAGAGCUAUUGAUCCAGGGCUCAUCUAUGACAUUGAAACAAACGAUUAUGUCAAUUUCCUUUGCGGCACUGGGUUCAGUAGCAAGUCUGUGAGUGGUUUAACCCAGACCAAAGCCAAUUGUACCAAAAAUAGACUAAAUGAGUUGAACCUCAACCUUCCAUCCAUCACCAUCCCAUACCUGAAAAGAAAAGUAACAGUGAGCCGAAAGGUAACGAAUGUCGGACCCGUUGAGUCAAUAUAUAAAGCUGUUGUGGAAGCUCCACAAGGUAUAAAGAUGAAAGUAGAACCCCAGAUAUUGAGGUUCAAUAAAACCACCCAAAUUGUACCCUUUAAAGUUACUUUCUUCACGACUGGGAAAGUAUAUGGAGAUUAUAGAUUUGGGAGCCUAAUAUGGAGAGAUCCGAAGCACACUGUGACGAUUCCUAUAUCGAUACGAGCUAUUUUUGUUUGAGCCAUACAAUGAUGUUGAAACUGUUUCUAUUAAAAAUAAAAUUGAUGAAAUAAGCUUUAAUUUUAUGGAAGGAAUGAUUGAAAAAAUGGUUUGUGGUGCCAUUUAAAAAAACGGUUUAUUAUUUUUGUAUGGUACCAAAAUCAUAUGAAGGUUGUGAGAAUAUUGACAAAUGUUAGCCAAAUUAUAUUAAAAUAACUUAAUUCUCAAAAAAAA